GACGUGGCGGGGCGGAAGAGGAGACGCUGGCUGGCACCAAACGGAUCACCAUGUCCCAGGCUGCCCCCUCUGAUGCAGACCCUUCUGUAGACACCAACCCUCCACCCGCCCAACCCACCCACACUGACCCCGACUCCUGUCAGGAUGUCCUAGAGGUCCUCGAACCGCCCUCAGCCCCUCUACAGCCUCCUCUGAUCCCUGAGAGUUUCCCACAGUCCACUGAGGAGACAACCACAGAGGACGCCGCCAAAAUGGACACUUCAGAGGGUCUGAUGGAGCCUGCCGCUGAGGGACAGGUGAUUGAAUGCGACCAAUCAGUGAGCCUGGAGCCGGACACGGAAGCUGCAGAGGAGGAUGUGGAGAGGUCUGCUCAGGAGAAAGAAAAAGGCUGGGGAGGUUGGAGUUCAUGGGGAAAAUCUCUUCUGACCAGCGCCACCUCCACUGUGGGUCAGAGUCUGACCUCCGUUAAGGUGAAGGCAGGAGAGGCUCUGCGUCUCCACAAGACCUCAGUAGGAGAGGAGGCGAGAGAAGAAGAGGAAGAGGAGGGAUCAGAGGUGAAGAGAGAGGGAGGAGGGGAAAGUGGAGAGGCUGACCUGUCCGGUUCCGGGGAGUCUUCCUCUGCGAGUGCUGCAGCUUCUAACAGGGGCGUCUUCUCUACGAUCACCAACGCUGUGCAGAACACAGGUAAGUCAGUGAUCAGUGGUGGUCUGGACGCCUUGGAGUUCAUUGGAAAGAAGACCAUGACUGUUCUCGCUGAGAGUGACCCGGGUUUCAAAAAGACCAAGACCCUGAUGCAGAAGACUGUCUCGCUGAGUCAGAUGUUGAAGGAAGCCAAGGAGAAGGAGCGAGCACGUCUGAGCAACCUGCCGAUCAGCGCGCCCACAGCUCACUACGGUAUUCUGUUUGACGACUACCAGGGCUUGUCACACCUUGAGGCCCUGGAGAUCCUGUCCAAUGAGAGUGAGGCGAAGGUCCAAGCCUUCCUCUCCUCCCUGGUGGAAGAAGAGCAGGACGAGGUGAAGAAGGAGCUGAUUUUUAUCAAGGACAUCUUCAUCAAGCGCGAGGAAGCGGAGGAAGGAGACGGAGAGGAAGAAGGGAAAGGAGGACAGACGAAGGAUAACGGUGAUCUAAGUUCCCAAUUACACUGUUCUACCCCCCUGUCGGCUGACGGCGAAGAGUUUAUGAGUGUUCUCACCGAGCUGCUGUUUGAGCUUCAUGUUGCUGCCACACCAGACAAACUCAACAAGGCUCGGAUGAGGGCCCAUGAUUGGGUGAGCGAGGUGGAACAGCCUGUCACUACGGAGACAGUUGGCAGGGAAACGAAGGACCAGCCAGGGGGAGAGGCCUCGCCUGGAGAGAACGAAAAGGAGGAGACGAAGGGAGAUGGAGAGGAGCAGGGGGAGGAGAAGAAGGGAGAAGAGGAGGAAGAGAAGGAGGAAGAGAAGGAGGAAGAGAAGGAGAAAGAGAACGACCCCAGAUCUGCAGAGGCUGUCUACAUGUCAUCAGUGGGGAGUCUGGCAGAAGUGACGGCUCGCAGUAUCGAGCAGCUCCACAAGGUGGCAGAACUCAUCCUCCAUGGCCAGGAGCUGGAGAAACCAGCCAGAGACCAGGCACACAUCCUCACCAGGUUGACAUGUUCCAUGUGUACAGAGGUGGAGUGUUUGGCCAAAAAGUUCUCUGAUACGCUGCUUCUUGUCGGGGGCCAAAGAAAAGCAGAGGAAUUGAAUCCGCUGGUAGAUAGCGUGCUGUUAGAGGGCUCCAACAGUACCAACUAUAUCCAGAAUGCAUUUCAGCUGCUGCUGCCCGUCCUGCAGAUUUCCCACAUCCAGAGCCAGCACUGCCGAACCGCCACAGAACCAGCAGCAGAGACACAACAACACUAACAUACACACACACACAUACACACACAUACACGUGCUACCUGCUCACCCGCUUGUCUUAAUGUAUCUGUUGUUGUACAGAAAAGGUAUAGAAAAUAGAUUAUUCCAGACUAAGUGCUUAUAACUACAUUAUGUGCCAUAGCUACAGACGGAAUAUUUUCUUUACAUAUAUAUAUAUAUA